CGCUGAACUGCGACUCAUCCAAAAGAUCCAAAAUGGCUGGCCAGGAAGAUCCAGUGCAAAGAGAGAUUCACCAAGACUGGGCGAAUCGAGAGUAUAUAGAAGUUAUUACGAGCAGCAUAAAGAAAAUCGCCGACUUUCUUAACUCAUUUGAUAUGUCGUGUCGAUCCCGCCUGGCCACCCUCAAUGAGAAGCUGACAGCUUUGGAGAGGAGGAUUGAAUACAUUGAGGCGAGGGUGACGAAGGGAGAGACCUUGACCUAGAAGUCAACAUGUAAAGUAAUUGUGUCCCAGAGCUACCUGCCCAUUCCCUGCCCUGAUUUUUUUAUAUUUGUGUAAUGGACUCCACCAUCUCUUUUGUGGGACAACGUGGACCAUUUUUAUAUAACAUGGCUGAGUUUUGUGUUGUUUCCUUUCAUGAUGCAUUUUUUUAAAGGGAUAAGUGACUCUGCCUUGGGUUUUAUAGACUCUGGCAUGAUCAAGGUUACAAAAGAGAAAUAUCCUCCCUAAAUAAUUGUUUCUUAACAUAUGCUGGAGCUCAAUUAUGUAACUGAUAUCAGCACAACCUGUUGACCAUCUGUGUUGUAUACAGUGUCAUUACCACAUCAGAGAUUAAUGAAAGAAGACAUUUUUGUGUGCCAAGUUGAACAAGUUAUUGUGUAGUCAUCUUUGUUAAGCACCUGCUUGUACAGUGAUCUGCUGGGUGAUGUUUCAGGAUUUAAAUACUGUAAUAAAUGAAUAAACUGUGUAAAUGAUAAAUAAUGA